AAAAGGAAAAGUGUUGUGGGGGAUGGGACAUCAACAGCCCUGAGAGCGAGUAUAAGAGCUCUCUCUCUCUAGAACUCAAAAAAACGCGCCACCACCACCGCCGGAGCUGUCUCUUUGGAUAUUUUUCUCUUUGCUGGCACUGCUUGUACGUUUCCGAACAGAGUGUGCUGUGAUGGGGUGUACGGCGUCGAAGCUCGACAACGAGGACGCUGUGAGACGGUGCAAGGAGCGGCGCCGCCUCAUGAAGGAGGCCGUCUAUGCCCGCCAUCAUCUUGCCGCCGCUCACGCUGACUACUGCCGUUCGCUUCGCAUCACUGGUUCUGCUCUCUCCGAGUUCGCCGCCGGAGAACCCCUCUCCGUUUCAGACCAAACCCCUGCUGUUUUGCUUCGGAACCCCUCGUCGGUUUCCAACUUUUCUUAUCAGCCUCCGCCGCGAGUGCCCUCACCGGCGCCGUCUCUCCGACCGCCGCCCCCGCCACCGGCGUUCUUCCCCUCGCCUUCUCCGACUAUCGCUAGCUCCAAGCUGCCGCAUAUACUCUCUGCGUCGAGUUUGAACUCGUCUCGCCCGAGGAGGCCUCCAAAGCUCCCUCACAUUCUUUCCGAAUCGAGCCUCGCUUCGUCUCCUGUGAGUCAGCGGUCCGACGGAAAAUUUCAUAUUCCGACGGCUUAUCAGGCGCACUCGACCUAUUCGAGUACUCCUUCUCAGACAUCAUCAGUCUGGAACUGGGAGAAUUUCUACCCUCCGUCGCCCCCAGACUCUGAGUUCUUUCGGCGACAUACCGACGACGACAAGCACUCCGAACCUCCAGACUCUGAGUUCUUUCGGCCACAUACCGACGACGACAAGCACUCCGAGCCUCCAGAAUCUGAGUUCUUCCGGCGACAUACCAACAACGUCAAGCACUCCGAGCCUCCAGAUUCUGAGUUCUUUCGGCGACCUACCAACGGCGACAAGCACUCCGAGCCUCCAGAAUCUGAGUUCUUCCGGCGACAUACCAACGACGUCAAGCACUCCGAGCCUCCAGAUUCUGAAUUCUUUCGGCGACCUACCAACGGCGACAAGCACUCCGAGCGCCUGCACCAGCACCAGCACCAUCACCUUGAUGACGACGGAGAGGAAACUGAGAGAGAAGAGGUUCAAUGCAGCGAAUGGGGCGACCACUACAGCACAACAAGCUCAUCAGACGAGGGAGAUGUAGAGUCCAGAUCCGAGAUCGGGAACCGAUCGAAUUUCGGAUCCUCGGUGCACAAUGAACCUACUACUGUUAAAUCGAAGUUCCCCCCUGCAAGCAAGUCGAAUAAAUUCGAUGACGCCGGAUCGUCCGUGAGCUACAGCGCCGGAGCCGGCGAAAUCUCCGAUCUGAAAAUUGUUGUACGGCAUCGAGAUUUAUCCGAGAUUGUUGCAUCACUUAAGGAGUACUUCGACCAGGCUGCAUCAGCCGGUGAACGCGUUUCCGAGAUGCUCGAAAUUGGUAGAGCUCAGCUCGAUCGGAGCUUCCGACAAUUGAAGAAAACUGUGUAUCAUUCAAGUGGCGUAUUGAGUAACUUGAGCUCGACUUGGACCUCCAAACCGCCGUUGGCGGUUAAAUACCAGCUCGACGCCGGUUCGCUCCAUGAACCGGGCGGUCCAAAGAGCCUUUCCUCGACCUUGGACCGGCUAUUCGCAUGGGAGAAGAAACUCUACGAAGAAGUCAAGGCUAGAGAAGGUGUGAAGAUUGCACAUGAAAAGAAGCUGUCUACACUACAGAGCCAGGAGUACAAGGGGGAUGAUGAGAUCAAGUUAGACAAGACAAAGGCUGCCAUAAAGAGAUUGCAAUCACUAAUUAUUGUCACAUCUCAGGCUGUUUCCACCACUUCCACUGCCAUCAAUGAACUUAAAGACACUGAUCUUGUUCCGCAGCUUGUCGAGCUUUGUCACGGGCUCAUGUACAUGUGGCAAUCGAUGAAUCAGUUCCAUGAAGUUCAGAACCAUAUUGUGCAGCAAGUGCGGGGUCUUGUCAAUCGAGUAGGGAAAGGUGAAUCAACCUCUGAAUUGCACCGGCAGGCCACCCGGGACCUUGAGUCAGCUGUCUCUGCCUGGCACUCCAGCUUCUGCCGCCUUAUAAAGUAUCAAAGGGACUUCAUCCUGUCCCUCCAGGGCUGGCUGAGACUCACACUUAUCCCUCUCAACAAUGACAACAUCAAUGGCCACAGGGAGCAGUCUGUAGUUUUUGCCUUUAUUGACGAGUGGAAAUUAGCCCUUGACCGUCUCCCAGAUACAGUAGCUUCUGAGGCCAUCAAAAGCUUUGUCCAUGUUGUCCAUGCAAUAUCCGGAAAACAAGCAGAAGAGCUCAAAAUUAAAAAGCGAACUGAAACUGCAUCAAAAGAGCUUGAGAAAAAGGGUUCGUCUCUUCGGAACAUAGAAAAGAAGUUCUACCACUCUUACUCCAUGGUUGGUAUAGGGCUUCCUGAUUCUGGGCCCGACAAUGGGCAGGGGUUGGAUGCCCGAGACCCACUUUCUGAGAAGAAAGCUGAGCUUGCAGCUUGCCAAAGGCGAGUUGAAGAUGAGAUGGUGAGGCAUUCCAAGGCGGUAGAAGUGACCAGAGCAUUGACACUGAAUAACAUUCAAACAGGCUUGCCAGGGGUUUUCCAGGCAAUGACCAGUUUUUCUGGCCUGUUCAUGGAGGCACUUACAUUGGUAUGUGAAAGAUCCUAUGCAAUUGCUGCUUGAAUAUUCUUUUGUGGAAGUUUUUGAGGUAAGUUGAUAUCGAUAAGGGCUGGGAUUUUUUUUAGAGAUGAGCUCUUAUUUUAUUUUGUUGUUUUUUCGUUCCAUGUGUAAAUAUGUGGAAUUUUGCGGUUUUAUCAUCCAUUUUGGUAGGGGAAGGGGGGAAAGAGAAUGUUUCUGUAUAGGAAAUUGCUUGGAUUGUUGUAUCAGAGGUUGCUCUUUUAGCAGCUGAAUAAAUAUAUGGCCUUUUUCUUUUCCUCUUUUUC